UUAUAAAUAGAAGCGGAAAAAAUCCCAGACGAAUAUUCUAACGGUCCGAGUCUCCGCCGAUUAAAGCGUCUUUACAAAGUCCCGUUUGUCUCUCUCCUGUUUUCCAAGAUGAAUAAAAUCGUCCUCCAGCUUUUUGCAGUCGGACUCUGCUUUGCAGUCGGACACGCGCUGCAGUGCUACCAGUGUUUUGGCUUCUGGAACUUGUGCCCAUCUAUCAAAAAAACCUGUGAUGCUGGUGAACAGUGCUACAGCGGUAUUGGGAAAGCAGCUAAAGUUCUAGAUAUCAAGAGGAAGGGCUGUCUAGCAGUGGCCAGCUGCAACCAGACCACCACAGUGAACUACCCCGAGAACAAUCCUAACUCCACCGUCUACACCAUAACCAGGACGUGCUGUUCCACCGACCUGUGCAACGCCGCUGCCGGGCUGCCCGGGGCCUCAGGGAGCCUCGCCCUCGCCACGCUCACCGCUCUGUUUGUGGCCAAAGUCCUGGUUUGACAGACGACAUCAGCACUGCAGCCAUGAAAUGAAAUGUUCCAUCUGUUUUGAGAACCUGAACAUCAGUCUUGGGUUCAUGCUUUUGGUGUAUUCUGUGUUUUUGCUAUUGCCUUGUAUCCAUCAGCUCUCCUGUAUUAAAAGGCUCAUUAAUGUUCACUGAAAUGUUUUCAAAUAUUAUGAUGUUAACUGAAAUAAAGUGAGCUUUUCUUUAGGUGGCCUUUGAUCACUUCUGUAUUUAAUGAGCAGUUCACUGUACGGACUUUUUAUUCCAGGGUUAAAGGUCAUUAUCCUAGAAUAACACUCUGGUCCUGAUGUAUGGACAUAAACUCUUUCUUGGUUUGCUUUGUGUUCACUUUAUUCACUGCCGGUAGCUGUGAAGACAGUUUGUUUGGCUGUUUCUAAUAGUUUUGCCUUUUUGAUACAGCUUGAGGUCUGUGUUCAAUCAGUUCAUGUUCUUAGUAUUGGUUCCCUGUGUUGUACCGCUCAUUCUUUACUACCUUUGGGAUAUAAACCUGUCAGUUUCUAAUGUAACUGGGAGAUUGUGUGUAAUUGUUUGCAGAUACUGAAAUAUACAAUAUUACACCAGUCUGAA